AUGAAAUUAUCUUUCGAAUUGUUAGGUAUUGGGGUAUCUGGAUUGCUUGCCUGGUUGUGUGGCAUAACUUCUGGUCAAGUAACCAGUAUUGCAGAUAAAGCAGAGUCGGCAUGGGAGAAACAUUGCAUUCGAAUAAGCAGUAGUUCGCGGUUUGCUAACGCUGCGAUUGAAUACGAUGCUAACCCUCAAUGUUCAAAGAUCGAUCCUAAGAAUGAGAAGGUACUUGGCAAUACUGGACCUGUUGAGCACUACCGGGUAUAUUGGGAACAUGUAUUGAGUGCCGGGCUACUAAGUAAUUCAGAUACACAACGAAUUAUUGCGCUGCUACAGAAUUGUCACCUAAUUAACAGUCAGGACGUUGAACUCUGCCCUUUUGAUCUGGAGAAAGAUUCUCUAUCAUAUGCAUUAGAUAAGACUAUAAAGAAGUUUGAAAAGUACUAUGUGAUAGGCCAUGAAUAUGCUGCAAAGCUUGGGCAGAUAGAUAAGCCCACUACUGGAGCUGAACUUGCUUUAUUACUUGGCCCUGCCGAUGAUGAUGCGAACCAUAGCAAGUUCAACGCAAUCCUAGAGCCUCUUUUGAUGGACUAUGUGGAUCAGUUGUUUAAUUGGACCCCGCCUGAUGUAUUUGAAUGGAGUUUACAUCAAAUCUUGCCUGACGUUAACACUUGGCGCAAAAUCAUCCAAAACCCAACGGCAACCACCACCAAUCUUUGUGCGCAGAAACAACUUAGACACUUUUUGUAUGCAUUACUACAAAUACAACUGCAUACCUCUAGCUUUUUAAGCCUUUCUAACAAACCCCAAGGGUUUUAUCACCAAACCACAAUCAAUACUACCCCAAGGAAAGAGUUGAAAGACUUUAGAGAGGAGUUAGAGUUAAAGGCUAUUGAUAUCAUAAAAACUACUAGUAUAAACGAUAGGAGUGAUCUUUUGAAGAUAUCUACAGCGGCAUCACGUGCCCCUUUAAUAAGGGUAAUGCAUAGUAAGUAUUUCCAAAGGACUGAGUUUAGCAAACGGUUAUCACAUCUCCAUAACUCUUUAUUAGAUGGUUCUACGUUUAUGUUUUUCGUCAAUGAGAUUAAACAAUGGUCAGAUGAUCUAAAGAUAGUAGCAGAAAGGUUUAAGUAUAUAGUGAAAAGGACAAAACAACUACAACUUAAACUUAAGCCAUACUUAACACCCACCCAAACGACCCCUAACAUUCAUGAUUGUGUAGAAUAUCUAACUACAGACCCACAACCAAACAUUCAUCUUCCCAACGACGCAUAUGACUCCAACCAGGAUCCAUUAUUCCAUAACUCAGUCGAAGAAAUUCUCAUUCAAGUACGUGACGUAAUACCUCUUAGCAGUGCUAUCGAAAACAAUCCUAAGCCACCUAAUUCUACCGCAAACAGCAAAGAGGUUCUCAUUCAAGAACUAGACGCAACAUCUUUCGACACUAGCACAAACACCACUAAUAUCGAGACGCCUAUUCCCGAUACUGGAACCGAACAAUCUUCUAUUCAAGAACUAAGCGAAACAUCCUUCACCAUCAACAUAAACACCACUAAUACUGUGACACAUAUCCCGGAGACUGACAUUGAGCAACCUCCUAAUCAAAAGCUCGGCGGAACAUCCUUCACCACUAGCACAAACAACACUAAUUCCGAGACACCUAUCCCCGAUACUGGAACCGAACAACCUCCUAACCAAGAGCUAGACGAAUCAUUUAUUGACGUUAGCACAGAUACUAAUACUGAGACGCCUAUUUCCGAGACUAUCACUGAACAACCUCCUAAUCAAGAGCUAGACACAACACCUUCCAACACUAACACAGAUACCACUAAUACUGAGACGUCUAUUCCCAAUACCACCACUAGCACUAUAACGAGCGAUCAUCCCGACGAAGAAACCGAGUCUAGCUCACCUAGUCUAAAUCAUAGCACACCACCUACUAACAAACCGUCAUCUGCCGCCUCUCAUAAACCAUGGUGGAAAUCCAGCUCUCCCAUCUUCCACGUAGCCAUAAGCAGUCUAUUCUGGACCCGCCUCACCAACCUACUUGGACUGUCUCAUUGA